AUGUCUUCCCUAUCUAAAGAUACCAUUGAAGAGAUCCGUGAAGUUUUCGAUUUGUUUGAUUUCUGGGAUGGACGUGACGGUGCUGUCGAUGCCUUCAAAACUGGUGAUUUGCUGAGAUGUUUGGGUUUCAAUCCUACACAAAGUUUCAUCGAGAAACACGGAGGAACCAAGGCUAUGGGUGAGAAAAAUUAUAAAUUUGAAGAAAUUUUACCCAUCUACGAAGUUGUGUCAGGUUUAAAAGAUACCGGUACUUUUGCUGACUUUAAAGAAGCUUUCAAAACCUUCGAUCGUGAAGGUCAAGGAUUCAUCUCAUCUGCUGAAGUGCGACAAGUUCUGGUUUCCCUUGGCGACAGAAUGACAGACGAAGAAGUUGAUGAAAUCAUCAAAUUUACCGACACCCGCGAAGAUUUGGAAGGAAAUAUCAAAUACGAAGAAUUUAUUGAAAAGAUCAUGUCCGGACCUUACCCAGAGAAAUAA